AUGCCUCGCGCAAAUGGUCAGGUGGAACGAUACAAUAGGACAAUUGUAGACGCUGCCGCAACAAUGAGUGCUAAUUUGGAAGAAGAAGAUUGGGACGAAAACAUAUCUAAAAUUCAGUUAGCAAUCAAUAGUACCUUCAAUAAAACAAUACAGACGACACCUAGUGAAGUUUUAGUUGAGUUUCAAUUGAACUUGGGGAAUGACCGCUACGUCACUCUUGUCCACGAUCCCCUAACGAUUGACGUAAAAUCGUUGGAUGUUGCAAAAAGAUUGGAGGAAAAUCGUGAAAGGCAGAAUAAAAUUUUCAAUAUGAGACGUAAAACAGUUCCGGUUUACAAAAUAGGAGAUUUGGUGCUCGUAAAAGUAACUAAUUUCAAAAAUGAUGGAAACAGUAAGAAAUUAGUCGAAAAAUAUAAAGGGUCAUUCAAGAUAAAACAGAAUUUAGGAAAUGAUAGAUAG